AUGGGAGAUAAUAAGGGUUGGACCGCAUUACACAGUGCUGCUUCGAGAUAUAUUGAUGUCGAUAAAUACCUCAUUAGUCAAGGAGCUGAGGGAGAUAAGAAGGGAUGGACUUCAUUACACCAUGCGGCUAAGAAUGGUCGUCUUGACGUCAUCGAAUAUCUGAUCAGUCAAGGAGCUGAGGGUCAUCUUGAUGUUACCGAACAUCUAAUCAGUGAAGGAGCUGAAGUGAAUUUGGGAGAGAAUGACGGUUGGACUGCAUUACACAUUGCUAUUUUGAAACGUCAUAAUCGUGUCACCAAAUAUCUGAUCAGUCAAGGAGCUGAUGUGAAUAAGAACAGAAGAGAUGGUAGCGCAGCUUUGCACUGUUGCGGUAUAGUGGGCGAUCUUGAUGUCACCACAUACCUCAUUAGUCAAGGAGCUGAGGUGAAUAAGAGAGCUAAUGCCGGCGAGACCGCAUUACACAUUGGGGCAGAGUGGGGUCAUCGUGAUGUCACCGAAUAUCUAAUCAGUCAAGGAGCUGACGUGAAUAGUGGAGAUGAUAACGGUCAAACUGCAUUACACGUUGCUGCUAAAAACGGUCAUCUCAAUGUCACCAAAUAUCUGAUCAGCCCGGGAACUGAUGUAAAUGAAAACACAACCGAUGGUGGCUCAGCUUUGCACCGGUCUGCUCAACAGGGUCAUCCUGAUGUCUCCAAAUACUUCAUUAAUCAAGGAGCUGAGGUGAAUAAGAGCGAUAAUGCAGGCUGGACCGCAUUACACCAUGCGGCAGAGUGUGGUAAUCUUGAUGUCACUACAUACCUCAUUAGUCAAGGAGCUGAGGUGAAUAAGAGCGAUAAUGCAGGCUGGACCGCAUUACACAAUGCGGUAGAGUGUGGUAAUCUUGAUGUCACCACAUACCUCAUUCGUCAAGGAGCUGAGGUGAAUAAGGGAGAUAAUGAAGGCUGGACUCCAUUACACCAUGCUGUUCAGAAAGGUCACAUUGAGGUUGUCGAAGUACUGUUGGCAGGAGGAGCACGAUUUGACAUCGCAGACAUUCGCGGACAGACACCCCUACAACUGUCUUUAAUACUCGGGUACCAAAGCAUCGCUGAUUACUUCAUCGACCGUUUGAAUUUCAAGCUCGACGGUACCGAUUUCCCGUAUAUCCAUCAUGCUACGCAGAACGGUCAUACCUCUACCAUUGAGAAGUUAGUCUCUAAGGGAGCUGAUCUCAAUGUUCAGUCAACUGAUGGCCGGACGUGUCUACAUGAGGCCAUUAAACUCUGCUAUGAGAGUGGGAAAAGUGUGCAAGAAACAGAUACACUAAAAGAGAUCUCUGAUGAGUAUUACAAUGGCGAACUAUCUGAUGAGAAGUCCUUGGUGUUUUAUCUCCUGGAGAAUGGAGCCAAGUCAGAUGUGAAGGAUGAGGGAGGCAACCUACCAAUCCAUUACGCCAAGGACGAAGAAAUCAAACAGAUGAUUUUUGCCAGGUGA